CGCGAACUCUGACCUCGGAGUGAAAGUGGAUUAGAAAAUGAUGUGACGGUGAGGUUUAUCUUCACUACGUUGCAGUUGGCCGACCACAGUGGUAACGUGAUCUUGGAGCCGAAUUCAAUUCUUGAUACCAGAAUUAACAUUCGUUACGCACAGGAAGAGUUUACGAUACCCAGCAAACAAACUUGAGGUCUAAAAAUGGUGCUGGAUAUUGCAUUGUCUCGAUAUGACAAUACGACCCCAUUCGGAUUUAAACUCAUCGGAGGAGCAGAUUUUGAUGUGCCACUGCAGGUCGUUAAAAUAAUACCCGGAAGCAUUGCCGAGGAGGUCGGGAUGUACCUUGGCGACGUGGUAAUUCGCAUCAACGAUAUUCCGACCGGCAAUAUGUCGUACUACGAUGCCCAUCAAUUACUGGCUUGCGCUGGGAAUCAGUUUGUGCUUGGAAUUUUGAGAGCGCGUGAAAUUCCGCCAGAGCAGCGAGCAAUCGUGAAGGAGAAGACUCCAAGCGGUGAACCGGAUUUUAACAGCAUGGCCAAGCCUUUCUGGUCUCACGUCAAUUUUAGCGGAUCUCCACAAUCCAGAGAGGAACAAGAAAUCGAACAAAAGAUUUCGGAUGUUCCGAUCACCGACGAGCAAAUUGCAGAAAUUCUUUCUGGUGAAGCUGAAGUUUUGAAGCAGCAUAACGUGAUUGGGGUCAACUUCAACAAGAUGAUCCCUACUUCUGGAGUAUUCAAGCAAAGCGAAGUGUUCAAAACUCUCAACAGCGAACUUAUUCAGGCGGAGGAAGAUAAAGAUAAGAAGUGGACUACGUUCAUGCAGAGGCCAAGCCGACCACCCCCGAAGACACGCGAGGAACGGCUGCGCGAGCUGAAUCCACCGACAGAGCGUUAUCAGGUACGAAUCGUUAAACAACCAAAGCCGAAAAUUGCACCCGACUACAAGCCACCCAAGUCUCCGGAACCAACCCCGGAGCCAGAGCCGGUGCCUUUGUACGAAGAAUACCUGCACGAGCGAAACGAAAUCGAAGUAGAAACCAUCAAAACCCUCGAAUCGGAACCAGUAAUGGAGAUUCCAGGUAACUUACCCGAACCCUGUUCCGCAGAUCUUAUCCAUAAUCCCGAAGACAACCCAGGUCCUAAGUGCCACGAUGCUGAUUGCGACUCUGCAGAUAACCUUAACUCUUCAACCACAGAUAACCAAGGCAGCCCUGCAGCUGAAUCGGAAGAAGAUGAAACCUCUGAAGAGUUUCGCACACAGCUGGAAAGUGUUCAGAAACAACUGGAGGCUCUUUCAAGUCUGCCAAUCACCAUCCAAGCUACGAUCGCUGCUCUAACAGAGCAGCUUUCUAUCUUGGCUCAGCCGAAACGAAAAUCGAAAAGCGUGACCCCACGGCCCGAAGCAGGAUCUGCCACAGCUGAUGGCGCUGACGCUGUUACGACUUCGGGCGAAAUCGUCCCGGAAGUGUCGGAAACCUUCGAGGUUACCGAGUACAGUAAAACGGAAGCUGGGCAAGCGGAGAGCGAACAGUCAGCUAGCUCCGACGAAGGUGAACACAUUGUCUACACUGACGAACAGUUAGAAAAACUUCAACAAAAGAUGCGAGAACACGACAUCGAAUGGACAGACCGGAACGACAAGAGUUCGGAAAUUUCGUCGCAGUCGGGUAUUGCCGAUGAAGGUGACACCCGGACGGCCGUCCAGAAUGAGCUGAAGUUGCAGGUCGUCAAGAAGAAGAAGAAGGCCGUUAGCGCUUUCGGGCCGUUGACCCCACAGGAACGACCGAUCUACCUUCCCGGGGGUCGGAAGUGGCGUAACGCCAAGGACGCCUUCAACGAGCAGUUCAUCGCCGAAGUGAUCAGCUCCCAGGCUGAACUGAUUCAGGGAACAACGCUCGGGAACAUUUAUGAAAGUCCUCAUCUGGGUUACGAUGACAGAGUCAACUUCCUCAAGUAUCAGAAGCCCGAGAAGGACCUCACCUUCAUCAAGAACAGCGACGUAUACAAGUUGAUCCACGACCAGGAUGCCCCGAAAAGUGGUAUCGAGCUGCGCCCGGAGCUGGUGCUGGCCGAGGAGGAUGUCCGAAAGGUAAUGCACGACGAAACCAUCUUUCAGCCCCGCAAAGAUCGGUGCUUUUUGUACCAAAAUUGAUCGAAUCUCAUCUUUCAAUCUUUCAUCUUCAUCAUCCAACGUCCGCGUUUCCCCUCUCAUUCAUGCACAUCGAACCCUGAAUUGGCCUGCCCUGUUCCUGUCACCGCUGCAACACGUGCCGUUACCACUCCAAACGCGAACAGUGUGUAUCACCGUGUUAACGAGAUCCAAGUUUAGAGUUUGUGCAUAUUGUACUAUCCUUAGAUGAUCCCUCAGGUCCUUAAAUUGUAAAAUGAAUCACAUUUGCCAAAUUUCCCGCAACAACUAUUUUAGUUCAUUAGUAGAUCUAAUCAGACGCGAUUAGUCUGGUGAUCUUUAGUGGAGCAAGACAACAAAGACUAUUUGUAGAUUGUAAGCAAUUUAAUUUUAGGAUCAGCUAUUCAAUACCCUUUUCAUUGCUAAAAUGAUUGUACUUAUACACGUACAUCAUCCACUCUCGCGAGUUCUACUAGAUAAGUAGAGUGUAAACAGUUAAAGUUAGUUUUGUUGACUUCGAUUUGUAUUUGAAAGAGGUAUACAUUUAGAAAACUAUUGUGUCAUAGAAGUACAAGUCAUUUGAUUUCGCGUGUAAUUUUGUUUCUUUCUCUUCUCACCCCAUUAGUCCAAUUGACGCAUUACAAUUUAUUAUUAAGUGUUGAAGCUACAUAAAUAUAAAAGGUUAAAUAAA